CUGACCCGGUGGCGCGUGAGUCACUGCAACCGCGCGAUUGCAACCGCUGUAAAAGCUCAUUCCACAACUUUCCGUCUCCGACACAACCACAUCAGCAUGAAAGUACCCUCUGUGCUCCUUCUCGCGCUCGCCGCGGGCCAUGUCGCGGCGCUCGAUCGCAAGUUCUACGGCCUCAACUACGACGUCAAGCCGGCGUCGGGCAGCGGCUGCAAGCAACCGUGGCAGAUCCAGCGCGAAGUCGCGGCCUUCAAGGCGACGACCGACGCGAUCCGCGUGUACGCGACGGCGUGCACGUCCGAUGUUCUCGAUGCGGCAGCCAAGAACAACAUGAAGGUCUGGGUCGGUCUUUGGUCCGAUCUGACGUACACGCACGCGUUUGACGGCGAGUUCAACAACCUCAAGCAGCUCGUGCAGAGCAAGAAGAUCCGCAACGACAACGUCGCCGGCAUCCAGAUCGGCAGCGAGGUGCUCUACCGCUGGUACAUCCAGGGCAAGCACGACAAGGCCGACAAGACGGGCGUCAACUGGCUCAUCGAGCAAAUGAAGCGCGUCCGGGCGUACUUGCGCGAAAACAAGAUCAACAUCCCCGUGACGGUCGCCGACGUCAUGGACGGAUACAACCUCUUCCCGGAGCUCUACGAAGCCGUCGACGUCGUCUCGGUCAACCAGUUCUCCAUGUGGGAAAACGUCAAGGCCGUCGACGGCGUCAGCACGCUCUUUGGGCACUGGGGCGAUGUGACCAAGCAGGCCAAAGCCGCCGGCAAGCCCGUCAUGAUCUCCGAGACGGGCUGGAGCGCCGGCGACGACAAGGACCUCGUCGCCGAAGCCUCGCCGGACGCCCAGGCGCGCUACGCCAAGGACUUUCUCUCGUUUGCCGAGAAGCAGAACAUCAACUACUACUACUUUUCGGCCAUCGACCUUGUCCACGACGCCGACCUCGUCGAGAAGACGUUUGGCAUGUUUGACGGCAACGCCAACAUGAAGCCCGACAUUGCCAACGUCCACGUCGGGAGCAAGCCGAUCGCGACGCGCCUCUUCCACGGCGACAAGGUGCUCAAGGUCGACCCGGCCAACUGGAACGCGCUUCUCGUGGAAGCGCCAGCGUCCGGUCUCGGCAAGAACCUCGACAACGAGCUCUGGUUCUACCAGCCCGACUCGCAGACGUACUACUCCAAGAGCUCCAACCAGUGCUUGGACGCGUACGGCGAUAGCAACAACGCGCUCAGCGUGCACGUGUACGCGUGCUCGGCCGAGAACGCCAACCAGAAGUGGAAGAUGUCGGACGAUGGCCAUCUCACGAACCUCAACGGCGCCAACCAGUGCAUGGACGUCGACCCGAGUCAGGACGACAAGGUGGCCAUGUGGUGGUGCUACGACGGUCCGAACCAAAAGUUUGCGGCGCGCCCGGUCGCGGCCGAGGCCAUCACGCUCGGGAAGAGCAACACGUACCUCUACGAAUGGUACGGCGACGUGGUCGCGACCUCGGACGUCAAGUACAAGGACAACGCAGUCUGGUUCUACGACCCGCUCCACCAGACGCUCAAGUCCAAGAGCUCGGGCAAGUGCCUCGACGGCUACCAGACCGAGAACGACGUCGCCGUCCACGUGUACGACUGCGACAACGCCAACGCCAACCAAAAGUGGCAGCACAACGACGUGACUGGCCAGUGGAUGCAUGCGUCCAAGCUCGGUCUCUGUCUCGACACGCUCGCAAACGGCAAGACGCACCUCGACUACUGCGACAAGACCAAGGCGUCACACAAGUGGCCAAUGGCCUUCGCCACCAACUAAACCAACUCACGCUCGUAACCUUGGCUGUACUCUUUGUAUCCAUAUUGUGAUGCAGUAUUACUACCGGUACUCCACGCAGUGUUAACUAG